ACAGUAGGUGCUCAUUAAAAAACACCAUUGCCUCAUUCUUGACAUCACUUGUGUCCAAGGUCAAGAAUGGUACCUGUACGUCCUGACUGGGGUCUCGGUGGCCCUGGUCCUGCUGCUCUCCCUCCUCCUUCUCCUCCUCCGACACCGACGUCAGAGCAAAGGCAGGACGUCAGAUGCUGCCAUGAAAGACCCACAGCCUGGGGAGAGCGUGGAGCUGGACCCUCAGCAGAACAGGCAGGGUGAAGGCCCCCAGGGAGUGACGUACGCCCAGGUGAACUGCUCAAGACCAAGACCCAGGCAGGGAAUGGCCACCUCUCCUUCCUCACUGUCAGGGGUAUUGCUGGACUCAAAGGGCAGACAAGCAGGAGAGGACAGACAGGCUGCACCUGAAGACCCCCAGGAUGUGACCUACGCCCAUCUGAACCUCUUGGCCCUCAGCCGGGAGACAAGUGCACCCCCUUCCUCCGCAUCAGAGGAGCUCCCACAAGAGCCCAGCGUGUACGCUGCCCUAGCCACCCACUAGCCCAGGAAGGACCCAGACCCCAUGCUCCAGGGAGGGGGCCUUCAGGGACCCCAGAAGGCAUGAGAACUUCCCCCAUGGACACUCAGCUAGUGACCCCCGCCGGCCUGGAGACCAGAUGUGGACCCCCAGCAGCUCCUGGGACCCUCUGGGAGUCUCCUGGUUCUAUAGUCAAAGAUAACCAAGCCCUAACCUGUUUGGCUCAAUGGAUAAAGCAUUGGCCUGCGGUCUUAAAGGUCCUAGCUUUGAUUCCAGUCAAGGGCACAUGCCUGGGUUGUGGGCUCAAUUCCCAGUGGGGGCUUGCAGGAGGCAGCCGAUCAAUGAUUCUCUCCCAUCAUUUGUGUUACUAUAUCUCUCUCCCUCUCCCUUCAUCUCUGAAUUCAAUAAAAAUAAAGAUUA